AUGAGUGAACCGACAGUAAAGUUGGGCACUUCCCUCAUGGCUCCAACAACCCAGCAUCUAGGAGAAACCCGCCGAUUGCCAAAGUCGGAGGAAGUUGCAUGUUACGAGGCGGUAUCUAGACAGUUCCAGGCGGAAUGCAUUACGAUUCAACUGGGGGAAGCUGAAAAUGGCGAAAGGAAUUUCGCUGAUAUACCGUGGUCAGAAAGAUCGCACAAAAAUACACCCCAACCUACAAACUCAACCAGCAAACAUACAAAUGACCGCAGUUUGAUCAUCUUGGGUGUUCCGGAACCCAACGAAACGUCAAAUAAAGUAGCGCAAAACACGCACGACUACAUGCAGUUGCAAUGUCUAUGCAGUACACUUGAACUUAUAAACGUGGCCGUGGUUGAUACUUUCCAAAAUCACCAAAGUAUAUGGGUACCGGCCCCAGGCCCCUGA